AUGCGGACCCUCUUCGGCUUCGUCGGUCGCACUCCCGACCCGCCGCGCCGCCAACAAAGCGGCACGAGCACCCCGGAGCAGCCACGCCGCCUUCGCAGCAGCCCGCGUGCGUCAUCGCUGAGCGUCGUCAUCACUGAGCCUCCGCCGCAGUGGGAGCGGGCUCCUAGCAUUGGCCUCACCGCGUACGAGGCUCUUGCGAGGCUCGCUGGCCAGAUCAGCAAAGAGCGGAAGGCCGGCUCAGUGAGCGCGCUGCAGGCGACGGCAUCGGAAGCUUGCGACGAGGAGGAGGCGAACAGGCCUCCAAAAGGCUCGACUCUGUCGGACGACGACGACCGCACUUCAUCUCCGGAGGACGCCGUCCGUAUUGGCCCCACCGUCAUCAUUGCGGUCAGCGAGAGCAGCGGCGGAGCCUCUCUUCCCGAAGCGCGAGCGGAGGUGGCGCUGCUGCAGCGGCUUAUUCCGGGCGAGGUGCUGGUGCACGAGAACCCAAGCGCCGACAAGCUCUCCGGCCUCCUCCGCGACUGCACCCAGCUGCACCUCGCGUGCCACAUGCGGCGGGGCAGCACCGUCUUCGCGUUCGAGUUCGGGCGCUUCGCCGUGACGGCUGACACCAAGCCGACGACGGCGAGGGACGGCAGGCCAGCCCGCUCCCAAAAGUUCACGCUGCGAGACCCCGACGCGGCCGCUACAGAGGCGAUCUGCGAGGCAGGCAUCCGGCUGGUGCCUGCCGGGGUGCCCGAGCUGUACGACGGCACCCGCUUCCCCUUUUGCCUCUCCUUCGAGCUCCCCGCCCUCGCCUCGCCCGACGAAGACUCCGACACCCUCGCGCGCGCAAAGAUGCACCUGCGAGGCUACCUGCGGCGCACGUGCGGCCUCUCCUCGUUCCGCGACUCUGACCUCGAGAUCGACCGGCUGACGGCGGUGUGGCGCAUCGCCCUCUUCGAGCGGGACGGCUUUGAGAUCACGCGCGCCAAUGGCGGGCCGGGCGAGAGCCUCGUCGAAGAGCUCCGCCAGCGGUACGGCGCGACGCACGCAGACUUUGAGCUGCGCGCGGUGCGGCGUGGCUCGGUCCUCCUCACCAUCGUCGGCGCCCCCGCGGCCUUCGACCUCGUUGCGAGGGACUCCGCCUUCGCACGCGCCGGGCUGGGCGGCACGGCGCUCAACGGGCCCGUGCGACUCGUGAAUGAAAGCGAGCCAUUGACGAACAGGCUGGGCGGCAUGGCGCUCAAGGAGCCCGUGCGGCUGCUCGCACUGCACGCGCAGGUGUAUGGCUCGCGGGUGGCGCACGCGGCGCUGCUGUGCCCGCGGCGCAAGGGCGAGGCUGAGGUCGUCGUGCCGCCCCUCCCUGCCGGGCUGUCGAGCCUCGGCUAUGCGCAGCAGAUGGAGCGAGUCGGCGCGGCGUACGACGCCCUCGUCUGGCAGAGCACCGGCGAGGACCUCGGCGUGGGCUUCGGCGAGGACCCCGCGGAGUCGCGGGCGCAACACCUCGCGGCGGCCCGCCGACGAGCGCGUUGGCAGGCGGCGCGGCCGGCCACCAGGGCCGUCACGGACGCCGCCGGGGUAUUCAACCGCCUGUCGCGCCGCUCGUCGGUCGAGUCGGCGGCGGGGCGCGCCUCUGGCCGCCGCUCGCAGGCGAGCGCCUCCGGACGGCGGUCGCAGGACGCCUCUGGCCGCCGCUCGCAGGAAGAGCUUCCGCCGCGCCGGUCGUCGGGGGCGGGGGCGCAGCAAGGCUGGCGGUGGAGGUGGGAGUAGGGGAGGUCGACAGGUGCGAGGCGCCGGCGGACGUUGAUAUGAUACGGGAGAGAGUUGGGGCGCAAAGCGCUGUGGUUCAGUCCGUUGUGUGUGUGUGUGUGUGUGUGUGUGUGUGUGUGUGUGUGUGUGUGUGUGUGUGUGUGUGUGUGUGUGUGUGCGUGUGUGUGUGUGUGUGUCUGGAGCCGUUUGUGUUAUGAAAUAAACGGCGCGGUGGGCGUGCG